CUAGAAAACACUAUAUUGCUCUUCAGAGCGUUGACAGCGACAGCAGCGAGAUCACCGAGGUUCUGCGAAGAUGCAGUAUUGAGGGUGAAGAUGGCGUAGUUGGGCUGUGGAGGACUGGGGAACGUGAAAGAGCUGGCUUGAGCUCCCCAGAUUACUUAAUCCUCCUGCGCCCCCGAAAUAUUGCCGGCCACCUCCACAUCUCCUGUCCAGUCCGCAACUUGACCCCAAUAAGCCAAUUCCCGUGUAACGACAUACGGGUUCCGUCCUUUUCUCUUCUGCAUCUCCCUUAUACCGUAAUCCUCAAAUCCACAAUGGCUGACAGAUUCCCUUCGCUCGACGAUUUCGACGCCGGCCAAACAGAGGCGCGCGGCGACGGCAACAUUGACUUCUCUGGCGACAAUGCCGAUGCUUCUUUUCUCGAGCGUGAGAAGGCUGUUCUCGGCGAAGAGUUCUCUACUGCAAACGACAAGUUAGCAACUGUCGAGGACGACAACGAUGACCUGUUGGGUGGAGGCGAUGCUUUCCAAGCCAAUACGGGCGGCGAGGAGAUGUCUGGCUUCGAGAGCUCUUUUCCCGCUAUUGAUACCAGCAACGAGCAUAUGGCACCCGGCGGAACCAUCACGGGCUCGUCUCUUCCAUUCCUUCCUGGCCAACCGCAGCCAUCCUUUACCCCCCUCCGAUCAAACUCCCCCGAGCCCGAAGUCAUCCGCGAAUGGCGCGAGCGCCGCGAUCUUUCGAACGAGCAUCGCGAUACUGUGUCAGCGGAGAAGAAGGCUAGGACGAUUAAGGAGGCCCAAGAGAACAUUGACGAUUUCUACGAGAACUACAACAACAAGAAGGACAAGGAGAUUGCCAAAACCCGCAAGGACGCCGAGGAGUUUCUCGCGAACCGAGAUGACACUACGGCCGGCGGAACCAGCUGGGAGCGCAUUGCCAAGUUGGUGGACUUGAGCGGCAAAGGUGUCAAGGGCGGCGCUUCCGGAAGCGAAAAGCAACGAUUCCGGGAACUGCUGUUGACCUUGAGGAAAGACGAGAAGGCACCAGGUGCCACUGGCUACUGA